AUGGCUCAUGAUUUGAAUAAAAGAAGUCAGCAAAAUAUACCACCACCACCACCACCACAACUAGCUAUGCAAGGCUUACAACCAGAUCAUCAUCAGUAUCAAUUUAUCCUGUCAAAUGGUAACAACAGCAACAACAACAAUAACAACAACAACAACCUACAUGGACACAUUAAUAAUCAACUUCCACCACAGUCAUCGGCAAUAUUAACACCAGGAGCAACAGCAGCACCAGUAGCACCAGGCACACCACAACAACACUUGCGUUACAAUUCAAAUAGUGGCAACAUUCGAACUACUAAUAUGCGCAAAGCUGCUUUCAAUCACAUGAGAACACCAACACCAUCAUCUUAUGAAAUACCAUCCAGCCCAAAAGUAAGUCAUCAAAACACUGUUUUACUCCAGCACAAUCAAAAUCAUUCCGACCUGUCUGAUAGUAAUAACCCUAUUUUGGAUCUGGUUGCUCAUGAUGUUGAUUCAAACAACACACGACCACACUCCCUAAGGCUGAAGUUGGCACAACCUAAUCAACAACAACAACAACCUAUUGAUCAGACUAUCUACUCUGAGCAAAAGCAGCAACAGCAAUCGCCAAGACGUCAACAGCAACUGCAACUUCAGCAGCUGCAGCAACUGUCACAGCAGCAAAGAGCCAUGUCGGAUGAGGAACAACAAUUGGCAACAAAGUUGAAAGAAACUUAUAAAAACAUUGUCAAUUACGAGGAAGUUGUACAAAAGAAUUGCAUAGAAAUCACCAUCAAAAUUAACCAACUUACAGCUACGUCAAACCCAAGCAUGCUUUACGGUAACCAACUAGUGAAUCAAAACCUAUCGAGCUCAUUAAACUCUAACUCGUCGCUAAAUUUCAAUCCAACAAGAACAUCAGAACUACUGAAUGAUCUUUGGACAGUUUACCAUCAUAAUAUGACAUUAUUAGAUAAUUACUAUGAUUUCUUGGUAACAUCAUUAAAACCUUCAUCAAAUCAAACCCAAUUCAAAACAGGUAAAAACAUUGUCGAACUAUACAAGAUUCCUAGAAGGAUGUGGGUUUAUGGCAUUGUUGGAUUCUUGGAAGUUUUGAAAAACAUAAUGGGUAUUUUUCAAGACCAUGAAAUAUGCGCUUGCUUUAUCUCCCAUUGUUUUAAUAUCAUUUCAAACUUGACUGACCCCAUUUUGGAGAUGGAAGGUUGGUGGGCAGAGAAAUUGGGAGAUUUAUCUCGAAUGGCAAUAGCAUUGUAUUCAUCUAAAUUCAUUGAUUGGAAAAUCAGUGCCGAGUAUUGGUAUUCUGUUUCAAUGAAGACCCUUUAUGGACAUGGUAAAAUUCAUUAUCACAUGUGUACUGUGCAACAAGACAAUUUGGAUGCAUUGGUUAACAUCAGCAAGUCAGUCACUUGUCGUGAUCCAUUUGUACCCACACAACACUAUUUAAGAUUAGUUGUUGAGAACAUUUGUACUCAACGAAAUAUUCUUUCAUUAUUAGAACUCCCCAUAAUUGACUUUAUCAAAAUUCACAAGGUCUUACUCAGCAUAUACAAUGGUAGAAACAGUGAAGGUGGUGGUACCUCAGUGGAAAAUAUUCAUGACUCGCAAUUACAAUACGGAAUAGAUUUAGUCACUCGGUAUGGAUUAACAUUUGGUUCUGAUUCCAAUGGAUACAAUUUCUUUACUCGAGAGAUUUACAGUUCAGGAGGAAUGACAAUGAAUGAUUCACUGGGACAACUGUAUUAUCAAAAGUUGCCGCCGCAACAUCCACUGCAAAUACCUACUCAAUUACCACCACAUUCAGUCCAAGCGCCAUCAGCAACAAAUACAUUGGAAAAGAUGAAUUUCUGGUUCAAUAAAGGUUCAUUAUUUGCCAUUUCUAAUAUCAAUCAUUUAAUUGGAUUUGGUGAUGCCAAGAACCCAUUUGCCAAACUCUUUGAAUUGCCAGAAGCAUUAAAGGAGAGAAAGGACAAGAAGGAUAGGAAAAGGAAAUCAAGAAGUGCAUCACAAACGGAAGAUGUCAUUUCAUCUAAUGCUGGUAACAGUAGUAAUCCCAGUGCCGGUAAUGGCGUUGGUGGCGUUGGUUCAAUGGCUGGCGGCACGGGUAGCGGUGCUGCUGCUGCUGCUGGUGGUAAUGCUGGCGGAGUUGACGGUCAAUCUGUAGUUGCGGCCCAUUUGCACAACUAUGAUUGGUUUUACAGUUUGGAGUUUAUCAAUAAAUCUGUAUUGGAGUUGUCAAUGAGAAUAUUGAAUCAUUACUUGGUGGGUCCAAAGCAGGCAUCUACUGGUCAUGUUAUUGUUUGGUUAUAUUUCCUCAUUUGUGUCGGGGAGGGAGUCAAGAAAUACCCUGUAUCCAAACCCAUGUUUGAUUGGUUAUUUAAAAACUUGUUUCCGUGGGAAUCUUUUAUCAAUUACUUGAACUCGUUAUUGACAUUUGUUAAAAACAACCCCAAGUUGUGUUCAUUAUAUACGCAAUACUUACAAGUUCCAUAUAUUGCUUGGUUUUGUGAAAAUGAGUUUCUUCCUGAAGUUUGGAAAUGUUGGGGUACUUUAUGGUUUGAUUUCAUUUGUGAAAAGGGUGAUUAUGUCGAUGUUGAGGAAGCAGGAGUCAAGAAUAAUAACUUGUUUGAUUUACCCAUUAGUGGUACGUUCCCAGUGUUGAACAUGCCCAAUGAUUCAUUUGAUCAAAAAUCGAGAAAUCAAAUGGAGAAUGACAAUGAUGAACGAAUUGUUCGUAUCAUUUUGUUGGCUAGAACAUUGGCUGAUGAAUAUGAUUUUGGAUUGGUGAGGACAAGUGCUGAUUUCAAGUUUGAUGAAGGUGCGUACAACAAGCCAACAACUGAUCCAUUUGCUGAACAGUUCAUAAAUGAUGAUCGGUUCACAACGAAUAAUUUCGUUCAACCAAUAUCACUGGAGAAUUUGACUAAUGAAAUCAAUACUAAUCUCACGCCUUUACAAAAGGAUGAAUUGUGGUUUGGUGGAUUGGACAGUCAUUUGUAUGAGGAUGAAAAUUUGGAACUUGAAGAUGACAUCAUUGAUGAUGAUGAGGAAGAGGAAGAGGAAGAGGAGGAGGAAGAUGAUGAUGAUGACGAUGAUGGUGCAGAGCGUGACCAUGAAGAUGACAUAAUUGGGGAUGAAGACGACGAUAUUCGUUAUGAUGAUGGAAACGAUUUGGAAAAACAUUAUCCGGGGCUCUCUGCAAAUUAUAGUUUUAAUCAUUCGGGCGGAGGAGGUGGGGGAGGUGUUGGCGCUCAAGGUGGCAAUGAUAUGCUUUACAAUGAUGCAUUUAUUGGUACACCAGCUGAUCCAUUGACAUUGGGCACUUUAAACAAUGAUGACAUUGAAGGAAAUUUCGGCGACAAGAUUGAUAGUAAUAUCACUUAUAUCACAUUGGACACCAAUAUUUGGCUUAAGCAUUGUGGACGAAUUUUCAAAUGUGUACGUAAUGGGGUUUUGAAAAUUACAAUUCCAUUAAUUGUGUUUCAAGAGUUGCGAGCAUUGAGAAAAUCAGCCGAGGCUACUAUUGCUGAUGCAGCCACUAGAUCAGUCAUUAUCAUUCGUGAACUUUAUCUUACUAGAGAAGUUGUCCCCUUGAGAUUUGAUGGUACUGUUGCUUCUGAUAUUAAUGAAACCAUUGAAUUUGAGAAUAAUUCCAAUUGGAGAUCUAAUGUUGAUGAAACGAUCUUACAUGCAGUCAAUGAACACGAUGAAAUGGGCAAACGGUUAAUGAAGGGACUCAAUAUGAGGUUGUCACCGUAUACACGUUCCUCGCCGGUGCACCACAAUGAUGAAUCGUAUCAGUACUAUACAGGCUCAAAUCAGCAUCAAUCACAACAACAGCAGCAACAGCAACAACAACAGUUACCCCACGGACACUACGAUCAUUACUCACGUCUAGAGGAAGGUCAUCAUCACGCACCAUAUGGGCACAAUAAUCCUAAUAGCCACCACCACCCGCACCACUACAACCCAACAUCAUCUUCAUCAUUGGCCUAUCUCAAAAAGGAUUCACCAAUUUUGAAUUCACGCAUGGCCAAGUCAUUCAAGUAUUGUAUCUUGAUUACUGAUGAUCGUAACAUGCGAUUACGGGCAAAGACAAUUGGAUUGACUUCGUUUCAGAGUAAAUGGUUGUUUAGUCAAUUGGAAACGGUAUUUGCAGAUAGAUGUAUAGAUUAA